CUACCGCGACAUCACUCACUCCGCCCUCUACACCUCGCGCUCCCACCGCCCGGUGUCAGAUCUCGCCGCCGCGAUGGGCUCCGCCCACUCGUCCGUCUCCACCACUGGCGGCGAAGACGAAGAAGACGACGAGGAUCCGUCCGCGUCAGCCGUCUCCUCCGCGGGCGCACAGGCGCCACCGCCCGCUCUGUCGCCGUCGCCGGUCCGCGUGCCCCCGGCCUCCGCGUCCAAAGUGCUGGAGCAGGAGCCCGAGGUGCUGCCGUGCCUCGCCGCGGACUCGCCGCUCUCGCCGCAGCCCUCGGCGGCGGGCACCCCGCGCCUCCUCGCGGGUCCCGGCAUCAAGGUCUGGGACCCCUGCCACGUUCUCCUGCCCCCGCCGCCGCCGUCUCCGCACGCAGGGAGGCAGGUUGACGCCGCGGCCAUCGAGGUCGUUGUGGUCAGCCACGGCGAGUGCGCAGCCGCGAUGCGCCCGGACCUUGUCGGCGGCCGGUGGCCGGCCACGGCGCUCACGGCGCGCGGGGAGCGUCAGGCUCGCGCGCUCGCUGUGUUCCUGCGCUCCCGCGGCGCCAGGCUCGCCGCCGCCUAUGCGUCUCCGCUUGACCGUGCGCGCGCCACCGCUGCUCUCGUCUGUCGGGAACUUGAUUUCCCAGAGGAGCAGAUCCAACUAUCAGAUGCUUUGACUGAAAUGAGUCAAGGUCAGUGGGAGGGCUGCCCAAAAUCCGAAAUUUAUACCCCAGAAAUGGUCAAUCUGAUGGAAAGCACCCAACCUGAUUUCUCUGCACCAUCCGGGGAGUCACUCAGACAGGUACAGUUUCGGAUGAUGGAAUUCCUCAACCGGACAGUCCUAAGACUACCAGAAAAGGUGGCAAUGGGGGACACACUGUCACAACAAAAUGAGUUGAAGGGGUUCUCUCGGCAGAGCUCCAGCAAUUCUGUCCAAGAUGGCCCUCCUUGGGAUUCGCUUUACAGGCUCAACCGACAUAGCCUCCAACGAAAGAAAUCUGGGAAAAGCCGACUCCAGUUUGUCACUUCAGGGGACAAUGAAGCUGAAGAUGAUUUCUCCCCUAAAGAAGUAAAUCAGAGGCAUCUCCUUCAUGAAGGAAGUGUUGGCAGCUCAGCAGCGACCUCCAUUGCUAUUUUCAGCCACGUGACCCCCAUCCGGUGCCUCAUCGCAGGCCUGCUAGACUGCAACCCUAUAAUGUCCAAGAGAAUAUGUAUAGACGAUUCCUCGGUUACGGUUCUUGAGCAUUCGCUGAAGACAGGAUGGCAGAUAAAAAGGCUGAAUGAUACUGCACAUCUCAGGCUUCUCUAGCUGAUCAGUGUGUCACUGUAAAGAAACUAUCUGAUAGCAUUCUGCAAAUCAGAUGCUGAAACCACUUGCUGCACGCAUGUACUAUGCGGCCAUCACAAGUGUGGUCUCGUCACUGUAUUUCAAUUGUACCUAUCGAAUGUUUCUACUCAAUGUAGAAGGGUUGGCCUGUACUGGCGUUGUGUAGUAUUUGUUGUUAUUUUUAUCAAGAUUAUUUCUCAAAUUGUAGUUUUCCAUCAGUGUCUAGUUACUUUUUCUUGGUGGGUAGUUAGUGGGGACACAUAUUAGCGCACCAUUCUUUUUGGCAGAAUAUUUAGCAAGUUUGUAUACUUCAGGGGUAUGCAGAAUGAAGUGCUGUUGCAAACUUGCUGUGUAACUGCCAAUGGCACAAUUGUUUGUAUUUUGCACUAUAAUGUUGCACAAAA